AUGGACAGUGCACCAGCUUCCAAGUUCAAGGUGGCCGACAUCUCGCUCGCUGCGUUCGGUCGACGUGAGAUCGAGCUUGCCGAGAUUGAGAUGCCUGGUCUCAUGGCCAUUCGCGAAAAAUAUGCUGCUGACCAGCCUCUUGCUGGUGCCAGAAUCGCCGGCUGCCUUCACAUGACUAUCCAGACCGCCGUUCUAAUCGAGACCCUAACCGCUCUCGGUGCUGAAGUCACCUGGUCCAGCUGCAACAUCUUCUCCACACAGGAUCAUGCUGCUGCCGCCAUUGCUGCAAGUGGUGUACCCGUCUUUGCCUGGAAGGGCGAGACUGAAGAAGAGUAUGAGUGGUGCUUGGAGCAACAAUUGAAGGCCUUCCCCUCGGGAAAGACUCUCAACCUCAUCCUCGAUGACGGUGGUGACCUCACCGCUCUCGUUCACAACAAAUACCCAGAGCAGCUUAAAGACUGCUAUGGUGUCUCUGAAGAGACCACCACUGGCGUCCACCAUCUCUACCGUAUGCUCAAGGGCAAGAAGCUUCUGGUUCCUGCCAUCAACGUCAAUGACAGCGUCACAAAGUCCAAGUUCGACAAUCUCUACGGAUGCAGAGAAUCCCUCAUCGAUGGUAUCAAGCGUGCUACUGAUGUCAUGAUUGCCGGCAAGAUCGCUGUCGUCGCUGGCUAUGGUGAUGUUGGCAAGGGCUGUGCUCAAGCUCUCCACGGCUUUGGUGCCAACGUUCUUGUCACUGAGGUCGACCCAAUCAAUGCUCUUCAGGCUGCCGUUUCUGGCUACAAGGUCGUCACCAUGGAAGAAGCUGCUGCUGUUGGUCAGAUCUUCGUCACCACUACUGGCUGCCGAGACAUCCUUGUCGGCAAACACUUCGAGGCCAUGCGCAACGACGCCAUUGUUUGCAACAUUGGACAUUUCGAUAUCGAGAUCGACGUUGCCUGGUUGAAGAAGAACGCCAAGAGUGUGCAGAACAUCAAACCCCAGGUUGACAGAUACCUCAUGCCAAGCGGCCGCAACAUUAUCCUUCUUGCUGAGGGCCGUCUUGUCAACUUGGGCUGUGCCACUGGUCACUCGUCGUUUGUCAUGUCCUGCUCAUUCUCCAACCAAGUCCUCGCACAGAUCGCCCUUUACAAGGCGGAGGACGAGGCGUUCGGCAAGAAGUAUAUUGAGUUCGGAAAGACUGGCAAGAAGGAAGUCGGCGUCUACGUGCUCCCAAAGAUCCUUGAUGAGCAGGUUGCCCUCUUGCACCUUGACCACGUCAAUGCCAAGUUGACCAAGCUUACUCCUGUCCAAGCAGAAUACCUCGGUUUGGAAGUUGAGGGUCCUUUCAAGUCCGAUAUCUACAGAUACUAG